AUGAGUGGAAAAGCCAACCUCUCCUCCACAGCAGUCCUGCCAAGGAGAGGGGAGAUUUUAGUGACCGCCGGGCACCGACGGAGAGCUUGGGAGACGCUGAGGCUGGCGCGCCGGGAGGCCGCGCGGCGGCGGGGGCGGCCCUGGUUGGGGGAAACAGUGCGCGCCCCCUCCCGCAUCUUGAACGCGGAGCGCGGGGCCGGGCGCGUCGAAAGGGUGCUGGGCUGGCUGCGGCCAGGGGGUCCCCAUAGCGCUGGAAGAGCGAGGUGGACAGGGCCCGCGGACAGCGAGUUCCCGGUAAGUGCGGUCCCGAGAGCGGAGCGCGCCGGGAGGCGUGGAGAGGGGGGCUGGGCGCUGGGGACCGGUGGAGCCGGCGGCCGCCUAACCCGCGGCCGCGUGCAAGGGUUACUGGAAGAGGAGGCAGCGGCGCGGGGCCGCUUGGAGCGCACCCGCCUCGGAGCGCUUGCGCUGCCCCGAGGGGACAGGCCUGGACGGGCGCCGCCAGCCGCUAGCGCCCGCGCGUCUCGGAGCAAGAGAGGUGGGGAAGAGCGAGUGCUUGAGAAAGAGGAGGAGGAAGAGGAUGAAGACGAUGAUGAUGAUGACGACGAUGAAGAUGAUGUGUCAGAGGGCUCUGAGGUGCCUGAGGGUGACCGUCCCUCUGGUGCCCAGCAUCACCAGCUUAAUGGCGAGCGGGGUCCUCAGAGUGCUAAGGAGAGGGUCAAGGAGUGGACACCCUGUGGACCCCACCAGGGUCAAGAUGAAGGGCGGGGGUCAGUGCCCAUCGGAGGCACCCGCCAGGCCUUCUCCAUGGCCGCUAUGAAUAAGGAAGGGGGUUCAGCCUCUGCUACCACUGGGCCAGACUCCCCAUCUCCCGUGCCUUUGCCCCCAGGAAAACCAGCGCUACCUGGGGCUGAUGGGACCCCCUUUGGCUGCCCUUCUGGGCGCAAGGAGAAGCCCACCGACCCUGUGGAGUGGACGGUGAUGGAUGUUGUGGAGUAUUUCACAGAAGCUGGCUUCCCCGAGCAGGCCACAGCUUUCCAAGAGCAGGAAAUCGACGGCAAGUCGUUGCUACUUAUGCAGCGCACAGACGUGCUGACCGGCCUGUCUAUCCGCCUCGGUCCAGCCCUGAAAAUUUACGAGCACCACAUCAAGGUGCUACAGCAAGGCCACUUUGAGGAUGACGACCCCGAUGGCUUUCUAGGCUGA